AUGGAAGAUGAAAAGAGUUUUAUCACCCCUCAAAAUGACCGUCGAAUCACAAGGUCAAUGAUCAAGAAAGAAACAGAAUAUCUAAAAGCUAGGACAACUGAUAACACACAAACAAUCCUCAAAUCUUCAAGAAGAAAGAAAACUGGUCCGAAGUCCUCAGAGAUUAUGUUUUCAGCAGCCCGUAUCCCGACUAUCCGUGCACCACGAUUUGGCCUCAUCCAAGAAACCCUUUCUACAGAUCUCUACGCUCUGCUGGUCGCAACAGCCCUCUGGAACCGCACUCGCGGCACCCAAGCCCGCCCAGUCUUCGACAAACUCAUCUCCAAGUAUCCUACACCCACUCGCCUUGCGGUAGCUUCCUUUGUGGACCUUGCCGAGCUCAUUCGUCCCAUAGGUUUGUACAAUUUAAGAGCUGCAAGGUUCAUUGCAUUCGCCAAUGCGUGGAUCGAGAACCCACCGUGCAAGGAAAAGCGAUACAGGAAGCUGCAUUACCCGAUGAAAGGGGACGGGAAGGAUGUUGACAAGGACGAGGUCUUGGAUGAAGAUGAUGAGAGACAAGGCUGGGAAGUGGCUCAUCUUCCUUCCCUUGGUCCUUAUGCAAUCGAUAGUUAUCGCAUUUUCCAUCGCGAUAUGCUAAGAGGUCUAGCAAAAGAUUGGAAGGGGGCUAAAGCAGAACCUGGCUUUGAACCAGAGUGGAAAAGAGUAGUGCCACUGGACAAAGAACUCAGGGCAUUUCUCCGUUGGAUGUGGCUCAAGGAAGGUUGGAUAUGGGAUCCUGAGACAGGGCAUAAAGUCAAGGCUUCGUCUGAGAGGAUGGAAUGUGAGAGGUUAAGAAUAAAGAGUUUAUCACCAGAGGGUUUUAGAGUUGUCCGUGGUGGGUAG